CGCCGCCUGGCUGCGACCCCGCCGUAACCGUUCUGUGCAGUGGCGUCCGUUUCACCAGGCAGGCUCUAGGACGGGCCGGCGCAGGCGGGCUGCACACCUGGCACCCAGGAUCUGCCUGUCCGGCUGGCCCGUGCUCCUUUUUGGCCGGCGGGUUUCGCCCACGCCCGCUUUGCCACCCGCAGGGGUGGUUUUAGUAUAAAGUUGUCCUUGAUACUUUUAAAACAUGUUGUCAGAAGCCUGUUACUUCGAGCAGGGUUUAGCUUAAGAUACAAACACACGUACGCACGCACCAUUGUAUUUACGAGGUCUGCGUCUCGCGGCUCGUGCCUGCGUAGUGUCCCAAAACUCUAGACGGGCUUUUCUGGGGGAAAAGUUAUUAUGCCUGAGUUAUAGGGCCACGGAGAAGGCGGUGCAGAAUUUGAUUGCCUUCCAGAAGCCUCCAGUUCGAUGCUUUAGUUUCCAAAAGAUGAAAACACUGCAAAUGGUUCUUUUGAAGAAUAAGUUGGUGCAGUAGUGACGCAUCACUCUUUCUUGGUGUGUGAAGAAAGUCCAGAGAACUGAGGCAGUUUCUAAGAAGAGUGUGCUAGGGAUGCUCUAGGAAAAGACUGAGUGCUGAAGAACAGGAGCAUCAUGGAUCAGAACAACAGCCUGCCGCCUUAUGCUCAGGGCUUGGCCUCUCCCCAGGGUGCCAUGACUCCCGGAAUCCCCAUCUUCAGUCCAAUGAUGCCUUAUGGCACGGGACUCACACCGCAGCCUGUUCAGAACACCAACAGCCUGUCUAUUUUGGAAGAGCAGCAGAGACAGCAGCAGCAGCAGCAGCAGCAGCAGCAGCAACAACAGCAGCAGCAGACAGUGGCGGCUGCGGCAGCAGCUGUGCAGCAGUCAGCACCCCAGCAAGCGACUCAAGGGGCCUCAGGCCAAACCCCACAACUCUUCCAUUCACAGACUCUUACAACUGCACCCUUGCCGGGUACCACGCCCCUGUACCCCUCCCCGAUGACCCCCAUGACCCCCAUCACCCCAGCUACACCAGCCUCUGAGAGCUCUGGGAUUGUGCCACAGCUGCAAAAUAUUGUAUCUACAGUAAACCUUGGUUGUAAACUUGACCUAAAGACCAUUGCACUUCGUGCCCGAAAUGCUGAAUAUAAUCCCAAGCGGUUUGCUGCUGUAAUCAUGAGAAUAAGAGAGCCACGAACCACAGCGCUGAUUUUCAGUUCUGGAAAAAUGGUGUGCACGGGAGCCAAGAGUGAAGAACAGUCCAGACUAGCAGCAAGAAAAUAUGCCAGAGUUGUGCAGAAGUUGGGUUUUCCAGCCAAGUUCUUGGACUUCAAGAUUCAGAAUAUGGUGGGGAGCUGCGAUGUGAAGUUCCCCAUAAGACUGGAGGGCCUCGUGCUCACCCACCAGCAGUUCAGUAGUUAUGAGCCAGAGUUAUUUCCUGGAUUAAUCUACCGAAUGAUCAAACCUAGAAUUGUUCUCCUUAUUUUCGUUUCUGGAAAAGUUGUGUUAACAGGUGCUAAAGUCAGAGCGGAGAUUUACGAAGCAUUUGAAAACAUCUACCCCAUUCUCAAGGGGUUCAGGAAGACGACGUAGUGGCUGUCAUGUGCUCCUGCCCCCCAGCGCCCCCUUUGUUUUUUAAACAAAUCAGUUUGAUACCUUUCAUGGUGUGGUGUGAGAAGACCGAUGCUCAGGUGUAGGCCGCGUCACCAAGCAGCUCUUCCGGCCGGUCCCCCUGCGGGAUGCUGGGGGGUCCUUGCCUGCACUGAGAACACCCCGCAGCGUUACUGUGAGUUGCUCGUACUGUGCUGCUAUCUGGGCAGCGCUGCCCGUUUAUUUAUAUGUAGAUUUUAAACACUGCUGUUGACGAGUUGGUUUAAGGGAUAAAACUUCCAAGUGAUGAAGCCACCUAUACAAUUGGACUUAUUUUGUUUAAUUUUUCCCCAUAAACCACAGUUUUUAUAUUUCUACCAGAAAAGUAAAAAUCUUUUUUAAAAGUGUUGUUUUCUAAUUUGUAACUCUUAAGGGUUAUUUUUGUGCCAGACACAUUCCGCCUUUCCAGUAUUGCAGGACAGAAUAGAUGUAUUAACGGAACAAACGGCUGUACAUACUUUUCUUUCUUCAGAGUACUCUGUACAAUAAAUGCAGUUUACAAAAGUGUUAGAUUGUUGUUACGAUACCUUGUAAGUCAUGUGAUCAUACUGUUAAAAAAUUGUAUUUUAGAUAUAAUGGCUGAAACCA